AUGUCUAUGCGCUCACUCCGGGCCUGCAUGGUCUGCGCCUUCGUCCAGACCGGCAGCAAAUUCCAAACCGCCGGCUGCCCCAACUGCGAGGACUUCCUGGAGAUGCGCGGCCAUCAGGACGUGGUGCUGGACUGCACAAGUGCCGUCUUUGAGGGUUUGGUGGCGUUGAACGGGCUGGAGGGGAGUUGGGUGGCCAAGUGGCAGCGGCUGGAGGGCAACAAGGCGGGCACCUAUGCUGUGAAGGUGGAGGGUAUCCUGCCGGACGACUAUGUUGCUGCAGCGGAGAAUGCUGGAGUGCGAUAUGUGCCGUAA